AUGGAGUUGGAACUGAUACUGGAUGAACUCAGCGUCAUUCGGGAAGACAGCAAUGUGGCCUCUGGUUUCCUCUACAAGAUGAGCUCUGGAAAGUACGCCUGUACUCUUCAUCCGGCGUUGGUUGGUACCGGUCUAACCCACUUGUUAACACAGGCUUCCUCUGACAACGGAUGCUUCCCCGAUCUGAGCUCAGAGACGCAGAGAAUCCUCGGCAGGAUGGACCGGAGCGAGAGUCACAUGAAAGUCAAGUUGGGAAAAACGGACUCACGGUCUCCUUCCCGAGCUGAACCUGAUGUAUCGUACGCUGAACAGAAUUUCAAGUCCCGCUCUGCGCCCCGAUUCCGGAUAGAUAGAGAGGAUCCGAACUUCACCUACUCAGAUCUGAAAUUUCGGAAUGAGGAACCCCGCAUCGAUCAGCAUGAAUAUCCUCCCAUUGCCUCGGGACCCGGCGGGUUGUCAACCACUACACAAACAGCGGCGCAAGAACAGGAGUCGAAAGUGAAGAUCCGAAAUAGACGGUACCGUCUGACCUGCCUACUCUGCCUAAUUACGUCCGCCCUCAUGGUGGUAGUGGUGGGUCUCUCGAUUCAUGGUGAGUGGAACGGGCUCCGAGUGGAGUACGACCAUAAAUAA